UUUAAAAGUGAAAGUAGAUCUCAGUCGCAGAGCCCGGGAACAAAUCUUAAAUCGAUGUUAAUCAAUUAUCGAUCAAGCUUUUUGUUUUAAGGGUCAGAUAAAAAAGAUGAUGAUUAUGAUGCAUUUUAUAAAGAUGGAUUGAACUUCUGUUAGCCCUUUUUUAGAUUUGGGUGUUUGUGGACUCUACUCCUUGUUUUUACAACAUGGGGGCUGACCAAAGUGCACAGCAGCCCCCUGCCGGGGCCCCAGGAAGUACCCUGAAGUCACAGAGGGAUGAGGACAUCCCCUACACAUCCUACGCCAUUAGUAAACCCAUCGACUCCAAUUCUCCAAGUCCAAGACUUUCCCCUCGCAAUGUUCCAACAACAAGCACCAAACCACGGCCCACAAUUCCUAGGGAAAAGGAACAGCCUGAAACAGGAACUCAUAAACAUGACAUUGUUGUGGUUGCCGAUGGAAACGUGAUAGAAAAAGACCCUGACCCAGAGCUAACCAAGCUGAACACCAUCCCUGUGUUCUAUCCCAUCAUGCGUGGUUCGCUAAACAUUCCCACCAGCUCUCGUGACCUUGACCUCUUGGAUAAGAUGGGACAUGAACAGUUGCUUUAUCUGUGUGUGAGGUACCAGGAACACCUUAAACAGCUGGCAGAGUCCGUGGCGUUUGACCAGAACGCUCUGUGUGUCCGAAUCAAGGAGAUUGAUUGUGCAAUACAGUUAUUACUUGGGGUAAUGCAGGAGAAACAGAAGAAAUACCACAAGCACGCUGACCAGUUCCAGAGGAUCUCCGAGACCUUGUCCAUACUGAACAGAGUGAAGGGCAGCAUGCAAAGCCUGGUCCCAAAGAUAAAUCACCUGAACCAGCUGUUACCCCCCGGGGAACAACUGGAGCCCCUCAGUCUCAAAAGUCAGCUGUUAGAACCUGACAUCGAUGAGAAUCAAGGGAACCAGUAACAAGGGAACUGGUCAAUAUAUCAGAAAGACUAGUACAAUCCUUGACAGUUUUGAAAUUCAGUUGCAAGAAAUGGGCAGUGACGGAAUGAUUCGGACCCAUAAAAUGAGAAUGAUUUCAUAAAAUAGUGGACAUUUAGAACCCCCUCCAUAUUAUGUAUUAAGAGUCAGUUUUAAGACAGGGGCAGCAAUGAGAGUUUAGGAAACCAGUAAAAUGGUAACUAGGGUAGUUAAUAUUAUUGUUUCUGUCAUGUUUCUGACUAUAAAUGAUACUAAUAUAAAUAUAUUGUGUAAAUUUGCA